UAAUAAUUUCAUAUAAUGAAACGGUGUGGAAAUAAUUUUAUAUUUUUAUUUAUUUUGAUUUUUUUAAAUUAUUCAAUAAAAUUUUGCUAUUGUAAAACUGUUCGUGAACAAUAUCGCUUAUCAAAUACAACAACACCAAUACAUUACGAUAUAAAAAUUUAUACAGAAAUCGAUCAAAAUGAUUUUCAAUUUGAUGGUGAAGUUAAAAUUUUAUUAAAAAUUGAGAAUGUAACUGAUAUUGUGGAAAUUCAUACAAAAAAUUCUACGAUAAAAACUAUAGAACUGAAACAAUUAAAUCAAAAUGAAAAUGUUGAUAUUAAAAAUUAUACAAUUAAUAAUGUUACAGAAAUUUUAAAAAUUCAUUGUGAAACAAAAUUGCAAAAAGAAUUUCAAUAUGAAUUAAAAAUAAUAUAUGAGUCAGAAUUAAGAAAGGACAAAUUAGGAUUUUAUAGAUCGUCUUAUAAGGAUAACAAUUAUUCGUACAAUGAUAGAAAAAUUGUAUGGUUAGCAGCUACUCAAUUCGCACCAACUGAAGCAAGGCAUGCGUUUCCCUGUUAUGAUGAACCAAAAUUCAAAUCAACAUUUCAAUUAGAAUUGAUACAUCCAAAGAAAUUGUCAGCUUUAUCCAAUACUAAAAUUCUAGACAAAACAGUUUUAAAUGAAAACCUGGUCGCAACAAAAUUUGAAAAAACCCCAAUAAUGUCAACGUAUUUAGUAGCUUUCAUUAUAUCUGACUUUGUCGAAGUAAAUCGAACAUAUUUUGCUAAUAAUAAAAUAGAGCAUAUAGCUUACGUUCGUCAUAAUGCACAUUCUUUGGCCACGUUUGCCGCAAGUUAUGGAGCAGCUGUUUUUAAUGAACUCUAUAAUAUAGUUGAAGGAGAUGAAUUUCAACCUAAAGAAAUCAAAGAAAUUAAACAGAUACUAUUACCUGAUUUUCAUUUCAGUGGUAUGGAAAAUUGGGGUGCAAUAACUUAUCGUGAGCAAAGAUUAUUCUACAAUAAAAAAUUUCAUAGCUCUAUAAAUUUAUAUGGUAUUUUAUACUUAAUGGCACAUGAAAUGGCUCAUCAAUGGUUUGGAAAUUUGAUAACACAUGAAUGGUGGACUUAUGUUUGGUUGAAGGAAGGAUUUUCAACUCUAUAUGGUUAUUAUGGAGCUGCUAAUGUGUAUGCAGAAUGGAAUUUAAUGCAAAAAUAUCAAACAGAUGUUUUACAUUAUGUAUUCGAAAUUGAUACAGAAGCAAAAAUUAGAGCAAUGUCCACCUAUGUUGAGAAACAAUCGGAUAUAAAAAAAAAUUAUGACAGGAUUGCUUAUGAAAAAUCAUCAUGUGUUUUAAGAAUGUUCGAUAAUGCUUUGGGUGAAAAUGUUUUCAAAGAAGGUGUGAAGGAUUUUUUACGAGAAAGAAAAUUUGAAUCGUCUACAGAAGUUGAUCUUUUUGAAUCUUUAAAUAAGACAAUGCAAAAUAGUGAUAGUUAUAAGAUAGAUAUAAAUGAAACAUUUGGUAAUUGGACACAUCAAGGUGGUUAUCCAUUUGUUACAAUUGAAGUUAAAGAUAAAAUUAUAAAAUUGAGACAGGAACGUUUUAUGCGAAUGGAAAGUUUUCACUCAAAUGAUUUCAUUAAUUUGGUAUGGCAUAUACCAAUUAAUUAUGAAAUACCGGAUCCACUUGGAAAUAAUUUCAAAAAUACGAAAGCUCAAUUCUGGAUGAAAACUAAAGAAAUGCAGCACACUAUCGAGAAUGAAGCUUUUGAUAGCUCUACGCACUGGUUAAUCGCAAACAUUCAACAAACUGGAUAUUAUAGAGUUAAUUAUAAUAUAGAAAAUUGGCGAUUAAUUAUUAAUGCUUUGAAAUUUAAUCAUACUCAAAUUCAUGUCGCAAACCGAGCACAGCUUAUUGAUGAUGCUUUUCAUUUAGCUAAAGUUGGGGAACUUGAUUAUGAAAUAGUUUUCAGUUUGAUUGAAUAUUUGCCAAAUGAAAGAGAUUAUGCGCCAUGGAAAGCAUUUCACAGUAAUAUGCAGUUUAUUAAAUAUCGAUUAUUAAAUUUGGAAAAUCCAAAAUUACUUAAAAUAGUAUGGAAGUUCAUUUUUAAAAUUACUGAACAACCCUUAAAAAAUUUUGGCUUAUUUAAAAUACAAAACGAAGCACCAUCAGCGAGUAUUACCCGUUCAAUUAUAGCAGAAUUAGCUUGUAACUCCAAUAACACACAAUGUACUGAAACCGAUCUUCAAUAUGACUCAACCGAUAUGAGAAAAAUAUUUCAUUGUGAAAAAUUAAAAAAAGAUAAUGAAAGUAUCUUGCCCUUUUUAGAAGUAAAAAAUCUGAUUAAAUUAAGUGAAGAAAUUGAGUCCCAAAGAGCAGAUUAUAUUUCAAUACUGGGUUGUGCAAAAAAUGAAAAUGUUCUUCGGAAUCUUCUUCUUUACACAAUUAAGAAUAAAGAUGAAGAUUUAAAUUUGAAUGCAGAUGAAAGAUAUGGUGUACUGGAAUCAGUUAUAUCUAAAAGUAGAAGAGGAUUGCAAUUAGGAAUGGAUUUUAUUCAAAAAUCUUGGAAGAGGUUGGAUAAAAGUUUAUGUGAAAGUUGCUUAGCAAAGGCAAUCAUUUUAAUCUCGAAACAUGUACAGCAUCAAGAUGAUGUAGACAAAUUUAAUAAAUUACUGGGUGAAAUUCAAAUAGAUUCGGAAACCACAAAUAAGGCAGCGCAAAAUGUUAUCAACAAUUUGGAAUGGGAUGGUUUAUAUAGAAAAAAAAUCGAAAAUUGGCUCGGAAACAAUUAUGGCGAUUCAAGUGGAAUUUUAAAAAUUGAUAGCUUUAAAUUUCUUAUAGCAAUAUCAAUAUUUACAAAUUUAGAUUUUAAUUUUAAAAUUUUAAUAGUUUUAAUAUUACCAAUUUUUGGUUUAACAUCACCAAUAUAUGAGGAUAAUAAUAUUAUAACACCACCAAAUAAAUUAUUUCAUGAUCAUUCAAUAAUACCAAAUUUAAAAAGAAAAGAAUUUAAUUCAAAACUUACAGAAGAAAUUAGUUAUCGUUUACCAAAUAACACUGUACCAAUCUCGUAUAAUAUUAAAUUACAUACUGAUGUUCAUAAAGGUCAAUAUGGUUUCAAUGGUAUAAAUGAAAUAAAAUUACAAGCAGUUACAAACACAAAUAGUAUUACAAUUCAUGGACGAAAAAUUAAUAUAAAAUCAGCAAAUUUAACAGAUGAAUCUGGAAAAAUAAUUGAUUUAAAACCAAUACCAAAAGAACCAGCUAAUAAUACUGAAUUUUUAGUUUUUGAAUUAAAAGAUGGUACAUUAAAAGAAAAACAAAAUUAUUAUUUAAAAAUAGAAUAUAAUGGUACAUUAAGAACAGAUAAUGGAGGAUUUUAUUUAUCAACAUAUGAAAAUAAGGAUAAAGAAAUUAUACCUUUAGCUACAACACAAUUCGAAAGUACAGAUGCACGUCAUGGUUUUCCUUGUUAUGAUGAACCUGGAAUAAAAGCAGAAGUAACAAUUGAAAUUACUCAUGGCGAUAAUUACACAGCACUCUCAAAUAUGCCAGUUAAAAAUACAGAACCAAGUAAAACAUUAACAGGAUACAAUGUUACAACAUUUUUACCCACAAAACGAAUGUCACCAUAUUUAGUUGCUUUUAUAAUAUCGAAUUUUACUGGAAAAUUUGAUGAAAGUAGAAAUAUAAGACAUGGUGUUUAUUCGAGACCUGGAACUGAAGAUGAACGUGAUUUCGCUUUAGAUGCAUCAGUAAAAAUAUUAAAUAAAAUUGGAGAUUAUGUUAAUUAUCAAUAUACAUUCCCGAAAAUGGAUCAAAUCAGUAUACCAGAUUUUGCUGCAGGAGCUAUGGAAAAUUGGGGCUUAGUUACAUAUCGUGAAGAAAUGCUUUUAUAUAAUGAAACACGUUCAACUUUAAGAACAAAAACUGUAGUCGCCAAUACUGUUGCUCAUGAAUACGGUCAUCAAUGGUUUGGAAAUUUAGUAUCACCACAAUGGUGGUCAUAUUUAUGGUUAAAUGAAGGUUUUGCUUCAUUAUUUGCAUAUAUUGGUGCUGAUUUGGCUUACCCAGAAAUGGAUCUUAUGGAACAUUUCAUUGUUGCUGAAUAUCAACGAGCUCUGAGAGCUGAUGAGGGUAUUAAACGUCCUAUGACACACUAUGUUGAGCAUCCGAGACAAAUUGUUAGUCUUUUUGAUUCAGUUUCUUAUUCAAAAGCUGCAUGUGUCAUUAAUAUGAUAAGACAUCAUAUUGGUGAAAAAGCCUUCAAAGCAAGUUUAAAUAUUUAUUUAAAUAAAAUGGCAUAUAAAUCGGCUAAUGAAAAUGAUCUUUUUGAUGCAUUACAAGCAGGGGCUAAAGAAGUUGGUGUAAAACUAAAUGUAACUAUUGCUCGAUUAAUGGGUUCGUGGUCUGGCCAGCCAGGUUUCCCAUUACUGAAAGUUACAAGAAAUUAUGAAAAUGGUAGCUUUACUGUUGAGCAAGAAGGUUUUAAAAAUGAUGGUAAAACUGAUGAAGAUCUCAGAAAGUGGGUGGUGCCAUUUAAUUUUGUAACAGCAAAUAAUUCAGAUUUUAAUGAUACCAGAACUACACAUUUAUUAUUUGAAAAGGAAAAAUUAGUUAACCCGGACGAUAAUGCAAAAUUCGGUAAAGAUGAUUGGUUAAUAUUAAAUAAACAAUUGACAAGUUAUUAUCGUGUUAAUUAUGACGAUGAAAAUUGGGAUUUAAUUACAAAAGCUUUAAAAGAAGAUCCAAAUAAAAUUCAUAAAUAUAAUCGGGCUCAAUUGAUAUCUGACAGUUAUCGCUUAAGUUUAAACAAAAAAUUGAAUAUUAAUAAAUUCUUUAAUUUAUUGGAAUAUUUACCAAAAGAAGUUGAAUAUUCACCCUGGUCAGUUGUUGAUGUAGCAUUUCAAUUUUAUAAGAAUAGAUUCCAUGAUAAUGAAGAUGUCUACAGCAAUUUACAAUUCUUUAUAUUUAAGAAUGUUGAGAAGAUUUUUGAAAAAUUGGGAGUUCAUGAUAAUAGCACAGAUCGUCAUUUUGAUAAAUAUGUACGCACUAUUGCAAUUAAUUGGGCAUGUGCUGGUGGCAGCGAAAAAUGUUUAGAUACGACAAAUGAAAGACUUAAAGAAUUAGUAGAAAAACAAACUGAAAUAGAACCAAACCUACAAUCAGUUAUUUAUUGUAAUGGUUUGAAGAAAUCUACUGAAGAACAAUUCAACUAUUUGUUUAAACGCUUAUUAAAAUCAAAUGAUCAAGCUGAACGUCAAUUAAUAAUGUCUACACUUGGUUGUACUCACGAUAAGAAGAGUUUAAAGAAAUUUGUUGAGAGUUCAAUUGAUGAAAAUAAUAAUUUAAGGAAACAAGAAAGAAUAAAUAUAUUGAAUUCUGUGUAUUCUAAACAUAAAGAAGGUUUUGAAGUAGCAGUUGAUUUCUUAAAAGGAAAGUUCAAUGAAUAUUCCAAAUUACCCAGAGGAUUCGGUCAAACAAGUCCACUUGAUGAUGCAGUUAAGGGAUUGUCCCAGGUUGUUGUUAGUGAAGAUGAAAAGAACAAGCUCCUUGAAUUAGUUGAUAUGGUUAAAGAUCAUGAAGACGUUGACGAAAAAUUAAAAGAAAAAGUAGAAGCCAAUAUUAACAGCAGUUUGGAAUGGAUUAAAAAUAAUGUUGAACCUGUUAGAAGUUAUUUAGCAGAAUUCUUCAAGCGCAAUUCCGCAGCACAAACUGCUCUUAGUUUCACUGCAUUAAUGGCUGUUAUAAUUGUGACCAUAAGAAAUAUUUUUUAAAAUUUUUC